AUGGAUGGGGGAAAUCAGACAGUGGUUACAGAAUUCAUUCUCCUGGGAUUUUGUCUUGGCCCAAGGAUUCAGAUACUUCUCUUUGGGCUCUUCUGCCUGUCUUACACCUUCACCCUGCUGGAAAACAGGGCCAUCCUGGGGCUCAUCUCACUGGACUCCAGAAUGCUGUACUUCUUCCUCUCACACCUGGCCAUCGUUGACAUAGCGUAUGCCUGCAACACGGUGCCCCAGAUGCUUGGAGACCUCCUGAGUCCAGCCAAGCCCAUCUCCUUUGCUGGCUGCAUGAAACAGACCUUUCUCUUUUUGACUUUUACUUAUGCCGAGUGUCUUCUCCUGGCGGUAUUGUCCUAUGAGCAGUAUGUGGCCCUCUGCCACCCCCUCCAAUAUUCUGUCAUUGUAAGCUGGAGCAUCUGCAUCACCCUGGUGGUGAUUUCCUGGGCGGGUGGCUCCCUCCUGGCCCUGGUCCAUGUGGGCCUCGUCCUGAGACUGCUCUUCUGUGGGCUUCAUGAAAUCAACCACUUCUUCUGAGAAAUCCUGUCUGUCCUCAAACUGGCAUGUGCUGAUACCUGGCUCAAGCAAGUUGUCAUCUUUGCUGCUUCUGUGUUUGUCUUAGUUGGGCCCCUCUGCUUGGUGCUGGUCUCCUCCACACGCAUCCUGGUUGCCAUCCUGAGGAUGCAGUCGGGUGAGGGCCGCAGAAAGGCCUUCUCCACCUGCUGCUCCCACCUCUGCGUGAUUGGGCUCUUCUUUGGCAGUGCCAUCGUCAUGCACACGGCCCCCAAAUCCAGCCACCCGGCAGAAGAUCCUUUUCCUGUUUUACAGUUUUUUCAACCUAUGCUGAACCCACUGAUCUAUAGCCUGAGGAACACAGAGGUCAAGGGUGCCCUGCGGAGAGCACUGUUCAAGGAAAGUCAUUUCCAGUUGGAGUGA